AAUAAAUUAAAGUACAGUGAUUAAAUUUACCUUAUAUCUCUCCUAGCUAAGGAAUUAACAUGAAAAUUAAUCAGAGAUCAUUAGAAUAUUGCCAAAAUGAACAGAUGCUUUGAUGAAAUGUAUGAAUGAGAAAAUGAACAAACCAAAUCUCUUGAGAUGAAAAAGUAAAAGAAAUGACUGAAAGGGCUAGUCUGACCAUGUGACUUAAGUGACUGAUUCAACACACUUAGAGGAAAGGUAAGUUGAAAACAAAAUCUCUGUUGGUGCAUAGAGAUCUAAUCUACUGCCACAAAUGUCAAAUCUCACUCCUCCUUUGCAGCCAAAUGUAACUUCUCUCCUCCCCAACUCUCCAUUUGGUCCACACCCACCAAGAUUCCAAACUCUCUCAACUUGUCUAUUGUUUUUCUCUCUACUAUAAAUAUAGUUUUUCAGGGGGGUUCGUCAGGAGUCAUCAGCUCUCUCUCUUUUCUGAUCUUCAAUAUUGUCCUAUAAGCUUUCUCUCUUCUUCUUCUUCUUCUUCUUCUUCUUCUUCUUCUUAUUGUUUUCAUAGAAUAUGGAGAGUUCCAUGAAUUCUAUGGGCAGAUCACCAGUCUCUCUUUGUGAAGCUGAUGAAUCUCCUGAGGAGAGUAGUUGGACUAUGUAUUUUGAAGAUUUCUCAAAUAAUAACAAUGAUGUGGAUGUUGAAAACAGCUCUUUUUCUUCUGAUAUCAAUUACCAAAGCUCAUCUCUGGUUUCUGAUGCUGCUUGUUCUGCUGCUGGAAGACAUGUUUUCGGAGCUCCUUUAGGUAAAAGCUGUAACAGGUUGAGUUUCAAGAAGAAGAAGGGCAAUAAAGGACGUUUGGUUGAUGAUGAUUUGGAGGAUACAGCUAGUUCUCCUGCAAAUAGCCCCAAGGUUUGUAACUUAAUCAACCACUUUGAUAAGAACCUGAAGCAGAAAGAUGUGAUGGACAUAUCUCAGGAAAAAGGCCGUGCAUCAGGACAAAUAGAUGAAAGAAAUGAUGAGUUGGGUCUUAUAGGAAGAGAAGAUGAUGGCACUGAACUAAAGAAAAUGGGUCUUUGUUUAGUUCCUUUGUCUAUGGUAGUACACUAUCUAGGUUGAUUUCAAUUCUAUUACAGCACCCUCUCUCUCUCUCUCUCUCUCUGUGCAUCAAUGAAAAGAAUGCUGUUGUGCAUGAUGAUAAAAUUAAGAGCUGCCAUUGUUUCUUGCCUGCAACAA